CCUUUGCGCUCCUCUGACACCGCCUGCGGCCGAGCGGGCCCAUUCCGUCCGAGCUGAGGGCGCAGUCCUCGGGCCAGGCUGUGAGACGGUAUUGAAAUAAAGAUCACUACAACUUUCUGUGAAAAUGUCGGUUCUGAUAUCACAGAGUGUAAUAAAUUAUGUAGAAGAAGAAAACAUUCCUGCUCUGAAAGCUCUUCUUGAAAAAUGCAAAGAUGUAGAUGAGAGAAAUGAGUGUGGCCAGACUCCAUUGAUGAUAGCUGCUGAACAAGGCAAUCUGGAAAUAGUGAAAGAAUUAAUUAAGAAUGGAGCUAACUGCAAUCUGGAAGACUUGGAUAAUUGGACAGCACUUAUAUCUGCAUCAAAAGAAGGGCAUGUACACAUUGUAGAAGAACUACUUAAAUGUGGGGUUAACUUGGAGCACCGUGAUAUGGGAGGAUGGACUGCUCUCAUGUGGGCAUGUUAUAAAGGCCGUACUGAAGUAGUAGAGUUGCUUCUUUCUCAUGGUGCCAAUCCAAGUGUUACUGGUCUGCAGUACAGUGUUUACCCAAUCAUUUGGGCAGCAGGGAGAGGCCAUGCAGAUAUAGUGCAUCUUUUACUGCAAAAUGGUGCUAAAGUCAACUGCUCUGAUAAGUAUGGAACCACCCCUUUGGUUUGGGCAGCAAGAAAGGGUCAUUUGGAAUGCGUGAAACAUUUAUUGGCCAUGGGAGCUGAUGUUGAUCAAGAAGGAGCUAAUUCAAUGACUGCACUUAUUGUGGCAGUAAAAGGAGGCUACACACAAUCAGUAAAAGAAAUUUUAAAGAGGAAUCCAAAUGUCAAUUUAACAGAUAAGGAUGGAAAUACAGCUUUGAUGAUUGCAUCAAAGGAGGGACAUACGGAGAUUGUGCAGGAUCUGCUGGAUGCUGGAACAUAUGUGAACAUACCUGACAGGAGUGGAGAUACUGUGUUGAUUGGAGCUGUCAGAGGUGGUCAUGUUGAAAUUGUUCGAGCACUUCUCCAAAAAUAUGCUGAUAUAGACAUUAGAGGACAGGACAAUAAAACUGCUUUGUAUUGGGCUGUUGAAAAAGGAAAUGCAACAAUGGUGAGAGAUAUCUUACAAUGCAAUCCUGAUACUGAAAUAUGCACAAAGGAUGGUGAAACACCACUUAUCAAGGCUACCAAGAUGAGAAAUAUUGAAAUAGUGGAGCUGCUGCUAGAUAAAGGAGCCAGAGUGUCUGCUGUAGAUAAGAAAGGAGACACUCCUUUGCAUAUUGCUAUUCGUGGGAGGAGUCGGAAACUGGCAGAACUUCUUUUAAGAAAUCCCAAAGAUGGGCGAUUACUUUAUAGGCCCAACAAAGCAGGCGAGACUCCUUACAAUAUUGACUGUAGCCAUCAGAAAAGCAUUUUAACUCAAAUAUUUGGAGCCAGACACUUGUCUCCUACCGAAACGGAUGGUGACAUGCUUGGUUAUGAUUUAUACAGCAGUGCCCUGGCAGAUAUUCUCAGUGAGCCUACCAUGCAGCCUCCCAUUUGUGUGGGAUUGUAUGCACAGUGGGGAAGUGGGAAAUCUUUCUUACUCAAGAAACUGGAAGAUGAAAUGAAGACUUUCGCAGGACAACAGAUUGAACCUCUUUUUCAGUUUUCAUGGCUCAUAGUAUUUCUUACCCUGCUGUUUUGUGGAGGGCUUGGUUUAUUGUUUGCUUUCGCAGUCGACCCAAAUCUUGGAAUAGCAGUGUCAUUGAGCUUCUUGGCUCUCUUAUAUAUAUUCUUUAUUGUCAUUUACUUUGGUGGACGACGGGAAGGAGAGAGUUGGAAUUGGGCCUGGGUCCUCAGCACUAGGUUGGCAAGACAUAUUGGCUAUCUGGAACUCCUCCUUAAAUUGAUGUUUGUGAAUCCACCUGAAUUGCCAGAGCAAACUACUAAAGCUUUACCUGUGAGGUUUUUGUUUACAGAUUACAAUAGGCUGUCCAGUGUAGGUGGAGAGACUUCGCUGGCUGAAAUGAUUGCGACCCUCUCGGAUGCGUGUGAAAGAGAGUUUGGCUUUUUGGCAACCAGGCUUUUUCGAGUAUUCAAGACUGAAGAUACUCAGGGUAAAAAGAAAUGGAAAAAAACAUGUUGCCUCCCAUCUUUUGUCAUCUUCCUUUUUAUUAUUGGCUGCGUUAUUGCUGGAAUUACUCUUCUGACUAUAUUCAGAGUUGACCCCAAACAUCUGACAGUGAAUGCUGUCCUCAUAUCAAUCGCAUCUGUAGUGGGGCUGGCAUUUGUGUUGAACUGUCGUACGUGGUGGCAAGUGCUGGACUCUCUCCUGAAUUCUCAAAGAAAACGCCUCCAUAAUGCUGCCUCCAAACUACACAAAUUGAAAAGUGAAGGAUUCAUGAAAGUUCUUAAGUGUGAAGUGGAAUUGAUGGCCAGGAUGGCAAAAACAAUUGACAGCUUCACUCAGAAUCAGACCAGGCUGGUGGUUAUCAUUGAUGGAUUAGAUGCCUGUGAGCAGGACAAAGUCCUUCAGAUGCUGGACACUGUCCGAGUUCUGUUUUCGAAAGGCCCAUUCAUUGCCAUUUUUGCAAGUGAUCCACAUAUUAUCAUAAAGGCAAUUAACCAGAACCUCAAUAGUGUGCUUCGUGAUUCAAAUAUAAAUGGACAUGACUAUAUGCGCAAUAUAGUUCAUUUGCCUGUUUUCCUUAAUAGUCGUGGACUAAGCAAUGCAAGAAAAUUUCUUGUGACUUCAACAACAAACGGGGACAUUCCAUGCUCGGAUACUGCAGGGAUACAGGAAGAUGCUGACAGAAGAGUUUCACAAAACAGCCUUGGGGAGAUGACAAAACUUGGUAGCAAGACAGCCCUCAAUAGACGGGAUACUUACCGCAGAAGGCAGAUGCAGCGGACAAUCACUCGACAGAUGUCCUUUGAUCUCACAAAACUGCUGGUUACCGAGGACUGGUUCAGUGACAUCAGUCCUCAGACCAUGAGAAGAUUACUUAAUAUUGUUUCUGUGACAGGGCGGUUACUGAGAGCCAAUCAGAUUAGUUUCAACUGGGAUAGGCUUGCUAGCUGGAUCAACCUUACCGAGCAGUGGCCAUAUCGGACUUCAUGGCUCAUAUUAUAUUUGGAAGAGACCGAAGGUAUUCCAGAUCUAAUGACAUUAAAAACCAUCUAUGAAAGAAUAUCAAAGAAUAUUCCAACAACUAAAGAUGUUGAGCCACUGCUUGAAAUCGAUGGAGAUAUAAGAAAUUUUGAAGUAUUUUUGUCUUCAAGGACCCCAGUUCUUGUGGCUCGAGAUGUAAAAAUCUUUUUGCCAUGCACUGUAAACCUAGAUCCCAAAUUACGGGAAAUUAUUGCAGACGUUCGUGCUGCAAGAGAGCAGAUCAGCAUAGGAGGACUUGCGUACCCCCCACUCCCUCUGCACGAAGCUCCUCCCAGGCCACCAUCAGCGUACAGCCAGCCCCCCUCCGUGUGUUCCUCUUCCACGUCCUUCAACGGGCCCUUCACAGGUGGCGUGGUGUCACCACAGCCUCACAGCAGCUACUACAGCGGCAUGACGGGCCCUCAGCAUCCCUUCUAUAACAGGCCAUUCUUUGCCCCAUACCUUUACACGCCAAGGUAUUACCCUGGCAGUUCCCACCAUCUCAUCUCACGUCCAUCAAUAAAAACGAAUUUGCCCAGAGAUCAGAGCAAUGGCCUAGAGGUUAUCAAGGAGGAUGCUGCCGAGGGGCUUUCUUCACCCACAGACUCCUCAAGGGAGACUUGGACAAGAAAGUUACAGAUGCCAUGGUCGUGUGAUUCUGGGUUUAACAAACAGAGACAGGGAUCAGGCCCGGCCCCAGGACCAGUGAUACUGCUGAAUUCACUCACUGUGGAUGCAGUAUGUGAGAAACUGAAACAGAUAGAAGGGCUGGACCAGAGCAUGCUGCCGCAGUACUGUGCAACAAUCAAAAAGGCAAACAUAAAUGGCCGCGUGUUAGCUCAGUGUAACAUUGAUGAACUGAAGAAAGAGAUGAAUAUGAAUUUUGGAGACUGGCACCUUUUCAGAAGCACAAUACUAGAAAUGAGAAACGCAGAAAACCAGGUGGUUCCUGAAGACCCGCGUUUCCUUACUGAGAACAGCAGCGGCCCCGCUCCUCAUGGGGAAGCCACGCGCCGCCCUGCACACAGCGAGCUGCCGCACACUGAGCUCUCCAGCCAAGCACCCUACACGCUGAACUUCAGCUUUGAAGAGUUGAAUACACUUGGCCUAGAUGAAGGUGCCCCACGUCACAGUAACCUGAGUUGGCAGUCACAAACUCGCAGAACCCCAAGUCUUUCGAGUCUCAAUUCCCAGGAUUCCAGUAUUGAAAUUUCAAAGCUUACUGAUAAGGUGCAGGCCGAGUAUAGAGACGCCUAUAGAGAAUACAUUGCUCAGAUGUCCCAGUUAGAAGGGGGUACAGGGUCUGCAACAAUUAGUGGCAGAUCUUCUCCACAUAGCACAUACUAUAUGGGUCAGAGUUCAUCAGGGGGCUCUAUUCAUUCUAAUCUAGAGCAAGAGAAAGGGAAAGAGAGUGAACCCAAACAAGAUGAUGGAAGGAAGUCCUUUUUAAUGAAGAGGGGAGAUGUCAUAGAUUAUUCAUCCUCAGGGGUGUCCACUAAUGAUGCCUCACCCUUGGAUCCUAUCACUGAAGAGGAUGAAAAAUCUGAUCAGUCAGGCAGUAAGCUGCUCCCAGGCAAGAAAUCCUCUGAAAGGUCAAGUCUCUUCCAGACGGAUUUGAAGCUUAAGGGAGGUGGGCUGCGCUAUCAGAAACUGCCAAGUGAUGAAGAUGAAUCCGGUACGGAAGAAUCAGAUAAUACUCCACUGCUCAAGGAUGAUAAAGACAAAAAAGCUGAAGGGAAAGUCGAGAGAGUGUCAAAGUCUCCAGAACACAGUGCAGAGCCAAUUAGAACCUUCAUUAAAGCAAAAGAAUAUUUAUCGGAUGCCCUCCUGGACAAAAAGGAUUCCUCAGAUUCAGGGGUGCGAUCCAACGAAAGUUCUCCCAAUCACUCUCUUCACAAUGAAGCAGCGGAUGAGUCCCAGCUGGAAAAGGCCAAUCUCAUAGAGCUGGAAGACGACAGCCACAGUGGCAAGCGCGGAAUCCCACAUAGCUUGAGUGGCCUGCAGGAUCCGAUCAUAGCUCGGAUGUCCAUCUGUUCAGAGGACAAGAAGAGCCCUUCCGAAUGCAGCUUGAUAGCCAGCAGCCCUGAAGAAAGCUGGCCUGCGUGCCAGAAAGCAUACAACCUGAACCGCACACCCAGCACUGUGACUCUGAACAACAACAGUGCCCCGACUAACAGAGCCAAUCAGAACUUUGAUGAAAUGGAGGGAACCAGGGAGACUUCUCAAGUCAUUCUGAGGCCUAGUUCCAGUCCCAACCCAACUGCUGUUCAGAAUGAAAAUCUAAAAAGCAUGACGCACAAGCGAAGCCAGCGUCCGAGUUACACAAGGCUCUCCAAAGAUUCUUCAGAGCUCCAUGCAGUAGCCCCUUCUGAGAGCACAGGCUUUGGAGAAGAAAGAGAAAGCAUUCUUUAAGAGAAACACACAACGGCAGAGUAGUAUUACUAUACCCUAUGACAAAAUUGUCCUAAAUUUAGACUCCAUCUGUGCACAUCACCUUUAUACAUUUCAUUUGCAGAUAAUUAAUGGAUGGGAAGGCCCUUGGUCAGUGAGACAUACACUGUGCAACAGAGGAAGCAUAAGAAAAGAUGGUACACCAGUCAUCCUCUAUUGUCUUUGCAAUUAGAAGCUUAAAAACUCACUAAUAUUAUUAUACUUUUCAUUGGCACAUAACCCCAUAAAACCUUUUGAGACAAGGCAGGCCUGAGCUGAGUGUAAAGAUAGGUCAGAAAUAUUCUAUAAAAUGUAAAGGGCUUAAUUUGGCAAAGAAAAUAAAAAUUUAGGGACUCCUUUUGUAGAAUAUUCAGUCACCAAAUAUUUGAGGGAUGAUAUGGCAUUAGAUGAAGCAGAAACAAAUUUUGCUCUUAGGGGUUUAAUCUGGAUAAGAUUUUAUAGGUUACAGUAGGUGGGGGGAGGGGGCAACAACUUCCUUAUUACCUGGAAACUCUACUCUUCAAAUCCCAGACCUGGCUUCCAGCACCAUCUAUCUGUGCGCAAGAAACCACCCAAGUGUGUCCUGCAACUCUUUUAAAUCAUGUGUCCAACUUUUUCUUAGUGAGCUUAACAAUGAGAGGGGGGAAAACCCACAAAUUUUCUUUUUGGAAAAUCAGGAGACAUUGGUAAUAAUAGGCACUCAUAAAUAUUUAUGGAAUGAGUAAAUGAAGAAAUAAUUACAUCAAAAAGGUCAGUGACAAUUGACAAAUGACAAGGAGAUAUUUAAUUAGGUACAACUAAAUCAUUGCUUUCCAUUACUAGGGCAGAGUUUGUCUACUUCAUCUGUUCCUAAAUCAGCAUAUUAAUUCUAGAGGAGGAGCAUAAGAAAGGAAAAACAUUUUUUAAAAAAGUUUAAAAACAUGUAACAAAGCAGGGGUUAAAAAAAAAGAUAAAACUGAUGUAACUAUAAAACUAUGCUUUCCAUUAAUUGUUAGCAGAGUUGAGAGAAUGAUCAUGUUUACGUAUUGUGUGGACUAGAAAUGUAUCCUGUCAUCAUGUAUUGAAAUUUCUUUUGUCAUUUUAAUGUAGCUUGUUCAUGUAGAAUUAAUUCUGGCAGUAUAUCCCAAGUUACAGAUAGGGUCAUAGAUGGUGAGGUCACAGAUAUGCAGUUGUCUAGAUUCAGUGUUAUAUUUGCAAUGUUUAUCACUUAAUGGAUUUUUAUUAAUGUGCUGAUUAAAUUAUUUACUUAACCAGUCAUUGUGCUAAAUAGUUGCUCUUUUGUGUUUCAUUACCUUGAUGUUUGAGUGUAAUCUAGCAUUUUAAUGAAGUGUUUAUUUUGCAUGAUCCUUAACAAGUGUUUUAAGCAAUUAAAAAAAGGCAGGAUAUUAUUUACAUUAUAUAUUGAACUCUUAACAUUUUAAUAUUUAUAGUGUUUGUUAGUUUGCAAUAUUGUAUAAUUAGUAAUUAUUUCAGAGGCAAUAUUUUGUUUCUUUUCAGGUGAGUAAUUGCAGUUUAAUAUCAUUGGAGCACAUUCUUUUAUACUGUUUGUGAAAUUAAGACUAGAAUAUUAAGUGUACAAAUAGAAUUAGAAAACAAUAAAACAUUGCAUGCUAUUCUGA